GAUAUACAUACAAAAAUAAAAUACUUAUUUAAAAAUAGACAACUUGUCACACAGCAUCAGUAGGUAUCAGACUAACAGAGUGCCUGCCUCCCUAAAUGCUAAUAGGCAUGGAGAUGCAGCUUCCUUUAGGACUGACAAAUGGCACAGAAGGGAAAUGGUUUCUGGGGACAUAGCUGGUUUUGUCAAAGCCCAGAUUGGGCAGUGAUUGAUCAGCAAGUGAUGUGGACAGACAGGUGAUGCCUUCUUGGGGAGAAAGGAAGAUAAGUACAGAUAACUGCCCUUUCAGAGCUGGGACCCAGGGGAAAGAUAUGGAAAAACUACAAUUCCCAGAAGUCUCUGUUUCCAGGCAAGUAGCGACGGUUGCUAUGGUUUCAGAAAACAAUAUGGCUGCUCCCAGAUGGGAUUUGAGUCUGUGCCGAGUAGGAAAGGAAACGCAGAUCUGAACGCUCACAGUGGCGAGAGGAGGCACUUGAAGGGUUCUGGGGCUAGCGUUGGGCUCUGUGGGGAACAUUGAGGCCUUGCCCAGAAGCCAAUGGCAAGCAGCGUGGAUGAGGAGGCUCUGCACCAGCUGUACCUGUGGGUAGACAACAUCCCUCUGUCCCGACCCAAGAGAAACCUCUCCCGGGACUUCAGUGACGGAGUCCUGGUUGCAGAGCUUAUCAAGUUUUACUUCCCCAAGAUGGUGGAGAUGCACAAUUAUGUCCCUGCUAACUCUCUCCAGCAGAAGCUCAGCAACUGGGGUCACCUGAACAGAAAGGUGCUGAACAAGCUGAACUUCUCUGUCCCCGACGACGUGAUGCGGAAGAUUGCGCAGUGUUCUCCGGGUGUAGUGGAGCUGGUGCUCAUUCCACUAAGGCAGCGCCUGGAGGAGCGGCAGAGGCGCCAGAAACUGGGUGCUGGCUCCUUACAGGAGCUGGCUUCUCAGGAUGUCAGUGGCUACAUGGAUAUGGGCCUGUCCCAGAAGACUCUAGGAGACGGUGCCCCAGCCCUGGGAGGAGAGCAGCUCAGAGGGGGCCGGCCACCGGCGCCUCGACCCCCUGGAUAUAACCAGGCGCUGCAGGGCGAUCCGAGCUUCGUCCUUCAGAUCGCUGAAAAGGAGCAGGAGCUGUUGGCCUCUCAAGAGACAGUGCAGGUCCUGCAGAUGAAGGUGAAGCGUCUGGAACACCUGCUCCAACUCAAGAACGUGCGCAUCGAUGACCUCUCCCGGAGGCUCCAGCAGGCCGAACGCAAACAGCGGAGAAAAGACCACUCUCCACAGCCCAGAAAACCUGUGCGGACACACGGCAUGACCUCCCAAACCGUGUCCACUUUGGGGCUCCCAGCGCUGGGCCUGGAGAGGCGGUCCUCUGGUUCCUUUCUCAGCUCAGAGGACAGCCCCGUCUCCAUCCAUGCAAACUCUCCAUGGCCUCGGACACGCGAGCAACUAUCCCCGGAAGUGGAGGGAUUCUCUUGCCCCUCCUGGGUGCUUACAUGGGACCCAUCUCAGAGCUGGAGACUACCGCAGCUGGAGAGGAAAGGAUAAGGUGUUGAAGAAGCCAGGAGUAAGAGGCAUCCAGCUGUGUGCAAUAGCCCUUUCUGCUUGGAGCAAUAUACGGAGCGCCUGGGGAAGACAGAGCAGAGUUGUCUCUAUUAAAAGUGGCUUUGUGCGUUCUUCCCCGUGCCUGCCUUUUCUUUCUGUCCGUAUGGGUCCGAAAGGCAGCGAGUUCCUGCCUUGUCCUUUAUCGCUUUCACCUAGCUGUCCUCUUAAAGACCCUGUGGACCCAGGAUGGGUCUCAUGUCUUUUUAGAUUGAUGAUACUGCCAGUGGACAGAGUUUGGGAAGUGUGACAGCCUACUUCUAGCACUGGGUGACCCCCAUCGCCUCCUUCCAGUGUCCUCCAAACUUGUCCAAACCCAAGCUGCAAAUGUUCACCAAGGUGACCACUCAUGUUCCCAACCUUGCCCAUGGAUUAAAUUAGCUUUCUGUAUGACUCUCAAGCCUGUCCACACUGAUCUCAGUUCUAUGGAUGGAGGCUACAUGUCACUUGAAACCCUGACCGUGGCAUGACCUUCACUCUAACGAUUUGUUGACUGACAAUAAUGCUGAAGGUUUGUAAAUCCCGAGGGUCUGGCAAUUCCAUUCCCAGGCACGCAUUCAACAUAUUGCAUGGGAGAAACUUGUGUCCCAUGUUCUGGGAAACAUACCACAGCAAUCAUACAGAACGGAAAUGAUGGGCUGGGGAUGGGCUCAGCUGUGGAGAGCAUUUGUUGUCCUUGCAGAGGAGCC